UGUUUCCAUCACUUUCAGUUAUGAAUCACAUAAAUUAUAUUUUCCAUUAAUAUGUGGAAAUUUGACAAAAAAAAGUUGAGCAUUUUACAUCGCUGGAAUUCUUUGAUAUGAUUGGUCAUCUCAGUUGUUUUGACAUUGACCAGGCUUUGGCUGGAGCUUUCUCUCUCUCUCCUCUGUUAUAGGGUUAUUGGGAUCAUUUGCAGGAACGUAAGGUAAAGAUGGAAAUUAUUUCGCAUUUCUAUAUAAUGUAAUGUAUUUCUUAUCGAAUGAAUCCCUCCCUGUACCACACCUGAUAACAUCUUUACAUCAGUUACCCUGAAAUAGUCCUAAUAAACCCCUGAGGAAAGCUCAAACCUUUUCUCCCUCCGCUGUAAUUAUCCGUUCAACCGUCAAUUAAAGGACUGAGAGUGAAGAUACAAGAGGAAAUAAUCGAGCACAACAACAACGGACCUGACGAUAGUGAAUAGUGAAGAUCACUAUUAUUUGACGUAUUGAGAUUAUAUGGAGAGAUGGCAUGAAGGGGAAAUGUGCAGGUUCGUGACAGCACGAACUGCUGAACUGCUGGACAAAAAAUACGAUAACCUGUGUGAGAAUAACCGAGUGAAACCGAAAGCUCAGCAACUCAUUUAUAUUCUAGUGUCGCCGCAGAGAGGGUCCCAGAGUGGAAUAAUUUCAGACGGUGAAGACAUACAGACCAGAGAAUCAAAAGCAUGAAUGCUGUAAAUUGUGUGCAUCUGUUCAUUGUGGUUUGGACUUUUACUGCAGUCUGUCGAGCUGAUGAUGAUCUCUCCAGUGUAAACUGUGAGAAUGUGACUGGAACUGUGGGAAAAGUAAAUUUCACCUGCAGCGUCUCUCAGAAGUGCUCUGAAUGCUGCAUUUCAAAGUAUAAGUUUCAAUACCCUAAGAUUUAUAAUGACACGGAAAUCUGUAGACAAGAGUUUCCUGAGGGCUCCUGUGAACAGAGAAACAACUUCACAUGCAGAUACACUCCAGCUACAGCAAUGACAGGACAAUUCAGAUUCUUUGUACAAACAAUCAAGUGUGGAAAGAAAAACACAGAAUUCACUGUGGACAUAACAGAGCAUCAGGAAUUAAAAACAGAGGAGGAUCCUGGAUCAGAGGAGAGUCCUGAAUCUAAUGGUGAAUCUAAUGGUAAUGUCACCACAGCAGUCGUGGGCUGUUCCAUCAUCACCAUCAUCAUCAUCAUCAUGAUGACAAUCAUUUACAAAACACAGUCAUACUACAGCUAUCCUUGUGAUUUCCAGAGGAGGAUGUUUCUGUGCCUCAGACAUGAUGAAGACAACAGCAAUUUGCAACAGCAAAGCACACAAAAUGAGAUUAAUAGCACUGACUCAACAGUAUAAGCAGUGAGUUUGUUUGACUUUUAAUGUGAAACUCAUGAAAGACCAAUUUUAUAGGAACUCCAUAAACUAUAUGUUACUAUCUGUUAUAUCUCAAACUACUAAACUAUAUAACUCUGGUUGUAGGUUUUAAAAUUCUGUAUCUGUUUUAUAUUAAUUUCUGUGAAAUAAUGGUAUAUUACUGUAAAAAAAAUCCCAGUAAAAUUUACGGUAAAAAAACGGCAGCUGUGGUUGCCAGAACUUUACCGUAAAAAAUACAGUAGCAACAUAAA